AACGUCGGCCUUAGCAGAGACACGAAGCAAGAGAUGUUAAAACAUGAGAGAAUCAAAAAGUAGCAGAGACCGAAAACAUGAUAACAAAAAUCAGUUUUCGGUUUUACUCGGUCUAGUAAGGUUGUACUGCCGCCAUUUCGUCAUCUAAAAAUCGAGGCUCAAUAAAGCCAAGUGAUCUUGUGUUUAUUUAGAAGGGUGGAUUAACUCUAGAAAAAUUCUGAUUUAGUGGAACAGCCUUUUGCGUCUCGCACUUUACCAUUGCUAUGUCUUCAACACCCCCCUCCAGGGUGGUCAUUGAAAAUGGAUCAAUGCUGGGCGCAAUGGGACAAGAGGUUUCCAGCUCAAGACCUCUGCUUUGGCUGAAGGACUCCCCGGUACCAGAAGUUUUACCGAAAAUCAUUAUAAGUUCAUGCCAAAGCAGCAGUAAUCUCCAUAGCGUGAAUGAUAUAAAUAUCCGUGAAUUAAGAAGCUCCCAGGAAACCAGAACCCCGAAACAUAACGCCAGCAAAGAAGAUGUACACGCAGAAAAUGAGAUGCUGCUCGAUGGCAGGCAACAAGGACCCGACUCUGAGUGCGAGCUCGAACAGUUUUUCCCUAAUCGCACCACGUCGCAGACUUACAUUCUCGAAUCCAGUGCAUACUGCGUUUCUCCGAAUACCACGCCUCUCACACUAGAUCUUUUCAACUCCAGCUGUUCGCGAGCAGACUCCGAGUCACGGCCGGAAAAGCGACUGCACCGCAAGUCCCUUAAAUCCGGCACUAAGUGCUCUUCAACCUCGGUCCUGAUCCCAGCUCGAUCAUUACUGUCAUCAGAAAACGUAUUUCCGCCCCAUUAUACGGCCAUUUUCCUGGACAAUUGCCUUCACCCUAACGAGAGUUCAGAAUCUGUAAGUGGCCAGGCUCUGACUGGCAAUGCUGGAACCAGCGCUGACCCGACGCGGUACAUACAGUACCAUCAGUACUGUCGAUCGCGACCCCCCCUGGAAAGUGUGGGGUUCAGAAGCGCGCACCAGAGCCAGUCCCAUAUAGUUAGCCAUGCUCCCAGAACGCUAUUGGACGUGGCUGUACCCCUGACCAGCAAUAACGCAGACGCUGGAAACUACAUGGCCAGAGCCAGCAUUCACUUACCUGUAGUCUCUGUGUCGAGUAGCAACCUAACUAGGAGACAUGGAACUCAAAAAUGUUUUGGACGUCCUUCGCUUCCCUUUGUGAUUGGCAUAUUUGCUCUUGGUGGUGUGGCGUGCACCCUUGGAGGCAUUGUGCUUGGCAGCACAGGACUCAUUGAGCACUCUACUCAAUAUAUAAGUGCUGCUCUAUUGAUGAUUGGCAUCGGAGUGUCACUCUUAGUGAUUUCGGGAGCAAUCUGGAGGUUAAGUUUACCUGACGAUAUUGACGAUUGUCCGUGCUCAAGGCGCUUAGAAACUUGCCGCAACUGUAGUGGUCCUUAUUGCCACAACCGGGUCGUUCCCAGCAGCUACCUAUAUCCCGAGUUCCUCAAUCGACCGCCGCCACCAUCCUAUCUGACAUCGCUCAACGAGUAUGCUUUAUUCUACCACCAUAGUACUCAUCCGGUUGCGGCCGCUGCAUCUCACACCUGUAUGGAACUGAACACGCCCCCACCGCUUUACCGUUCGACGUACUCCCUAAAGCACCAUAGAUGGAUGUCCGCUAAUAAAGGUCGGUGGCAGGCUACAACAAUCGAAUCUACCAGAAUCCCAAAUACACCCAAUCUUGCUCAGCAGCAAGGACGAGUUCGUUCGGUCCGAAGGCAUUAGUUGCUAUCAUUCGACUUCGUUUCUGGAUUGUAAAUGCUCGAGAUGCAGCCAGACGCGUUGUUAGAUCGUGCAAACAUUGUGUUCAUUAUAAGCCACAGCUGCAGCGAUAAAUUAUGGGAAAUCUUCCGGUAGAGCGUCUACAAGUUUCAAAACCAUUUGCACUUUGCUGGACCAGUCAACAUAUACAUGCGCAUAAGAGGAAAGGGCCCAACAAAGGGUUAUAUAUGCAUAUUCGUAUGCUUUGCGUCAAAGGCCGUCCAUAUCAAAUUGGUUUCGGACCUUUCAACGGAAGCAUUUAUAGCGGCCCUAAAACGCAUGAUUGGGAGACGCGGACUACCAACCGAUAUAUUUUGUGACAAUGCCACAAAUUUUGUUGGGGCUUGUAAUAAAUUAAAGGCUCUCCACGAUUUUUUGUUUAAAACCGAAACUAAAUCAGCUAUUUCAUCCUUUUGCUCAAACGAAUUUAUAAACUUUUGAUUUAUACCCCCCAGAGCUCCACAUUUCUGAGGACUUUGGGAGGCCGCCGUGAAAAGUACAAAGGGACUAUUAAAUCGUUCUAUCAUAAACGCGCGCCUAGCCUUCGAAGAACGGUUUUUAUCGACAUCGAAGCGAUCCUAAAUUCGCGAUCCAUAACGCCACUAUCAUCCGACCCUAACGACUUGGAGGCCCUCACUUCGGGUCACUUCCUCGUAGGAAACUCCUUGCGUGCGUUGCCUGAAGACCCGCCUGAAGGCGAAAACAUCGACAACUUGGAGCGUUGGAGAAGAGUCAGCGCAGUAAAGCAACACUUUUGACAGCACGAGUACGUAGCAGAGCUGCAGAUUCGAUCGAGCUGGAACAAGGUGAUGGAUAACGUGGCCAUUGGAAGUAUGGUCAUCGUCCAUGAAGACAACGUGGCUCCACAACGCUGGAUAAUGUGUCGAGUUGAAGCUACUAUGUCAGGCAAGGAUCGUCGAGUUAGAGUGGCUGACGUUCGCACAUCCAAGGGCAUCAUCAGGCGUCCAAUACAUAAGCUGGCACUAUUACCUGUCUGUUGAAAUUCACGAGUGUAAUUUCAAUGGGGCCGGGAUGUUGGAUCAUCGCAGAAACAUCUCUAUUAAAACUUAUAAUUAACUAGCAGACCCGGCCACGCGCUGCUGUAGCUAAAGUUAUUGUUAUAUUACAUUGAAGUAUACAAUUUAAGAAGAACGAUUCUUCUGAAGCAUGUUCUUCGUCACAUAUCCAUCCGGAAAUAGAAGAAAGCCAAGAACAUACCUUAUCGGAUUUCCAUCCAAAA